GGCUGCUGCAGUACCACCUCCCUGCCCGUGUCACCUCCCUGGCCGCUGUCUUCAGCCUUCUGGCCGCCCACCGUGGCCCCUGCCACAUAGAGGACUACUCAGUGUCCCAGACCACGCUGGACCAGGUCUUCAUGCACUUUGCCCAGGAGCAGAGCGAUGGGGACGCCGGGGAGGUGACAGCCUCAGGACAGGAUGUGGCCACCAGUCCUGGGAGGAGGCUGAGCAGGUUCCUGGAGGAUGACAGCUACCAGGAAAGCGCUGUCUGAGUGGGCCAUGGUGUCCCAUGGACCCUCCUUGGAUGUCACCACAGCACAAGCCAGGAUCACAGGGCUUUGGAGUACUGCAGCCCCCCAGAGCUGCGCAGAAGAGGCCUGGGCACAUCCUGCCCACUGGCACGGUGUCACCAUCCGACAGGACAGUGGGUGCUGGGUCAGAGUGCCAGGACAGAGCUGGCCCCGGCUCCCCGCGGUGGGGUUGAUGCCCUGCGCGGGGCUGAGCUGGAUGGGGGGUCUGGGGCUGGCCUUGGGACCCCACUUGCUGUAACCGAGCAAUUCAAUAAAAACCCGCGGUACUGCC